CGGGAGGAGGCCCGGUGGGAAGAUGGCGGCGUCCUUGCAGCUGGGCCGUGGCCGGGCGCUGCUCCGCCUCGUCCCGGGGCCGGGGAGCCGGCGGGGAGGAGUCCGCGUCCUGCCGGCGGGCACUGGGGUUUGGCGAGGGGUCCACAGCGGGGGCUGGCUGCAGGCUACUAUCAAAAUAUUAAUGCCUUCACUGUCUCCUACAAUGGAAGAAGGGAAUGUUGUGAAGUGGCUAAAAAAGGAAGGUGAAACCGUGACUGCUGGAGAUGCAUUAUGUGAAAUUGAAACAGACAAAGCCGUGGUUACCUUGGAUUCAAGUGACGAUGGCACUUUGGCUAAAAUAAUGGUAGAAGAAGGAAGUAAAGGCAUUCGACUGGGAGCACUGAUUGCUUUGAUGGUAGAAGAAGGAGAAGAUUGGAAGCAAGUAGAAAUUCCCAAGGAUGUCGGGCCUCCAAAAUCACCACAACCAGCUGUGCCAUUAACUCCCACCAUUCCAGAGGUUCCUGUCUCUGUGAAGCAGGAGCAAGCACAUGGAAAACUGCAGUUCCGUUUAAGUCCUGCUGCUCGUAACAUCCUGGAGAAACAUGGACUUGAUGCCAGCCAGAGCAGCCCCUCAGGGCCCCGGGGAAUAUUCACGAAAGAAGAUGCUCUUAAACUCUUGCAAUUGAAGGAGUCUGGGAAAAUUCCCGAAUUGAAAGCUUCUCCUGCACCCCCACAAGUAACUGCAGCAACUUUGGCCUCUCCAGCAGCUGAGUCAGUACCAUAUCUAAGACCAAUGGUUCCUCCUGUUUCAACUCCAGGAAAGCCAAAUGCAUUGGGAACAUUUACUGAAAUCCCUGCCAGCAACAUUAGGAGAGUUAUUGCCAAGCGGUUAACUGAAUCUAAAAGUACUGUUCCUCAUGCGUAUGCUACUACUGAUUGUGACCUUGAAGCUAUCUUAAAAAUAAGGCAAGAUCUGGUCAAAGAAAACAUUAAAGUGUCAGUAAAUGACUUUAUUAUCAAGGCAAUAGCUGUAACCCUCAAGCAAAUGCCAGAUGUGAACGUGAGCUGGGAUGGAAAAGGCCCGAAGCAGCUGCCCUCCGUCGACAUCUCUAUUGCAGUGGCAACAGAUAAAGGUCUCAUUACACCAAUCAUUAGAGAUGCUGCCACUAAGGGAAUUCAAGAAAUUGCUGUCUCUGCCAAGGCUCUGGCAAAGAAAGCAAGAGAUGGAAAAUUGUUACCAGAAGAAUAUCAAGGAGGAUCUUUUAGUAUUUCCAACUUGGGAAUGUUUGGCAUCAGCGAAUUUAGAGCAGUAAUAAACCCUCCUCAGGCCUGCAUUUUGGCUGUGGGAAGCUCUCGACCAGAACUCAGACUUACCCAAGAUGAAGAAGGAAAUGCCAAACUGCAGCAACAGCAGCGUAUGACGGUCUCCAUGGCGAGUGAUUGCCGAGUGGUAGAUGACGAACUGGCUUCAAAGUUUCUUGAAAACUUUAAGGCGAACCUAGAGAAUCCUAUCCGGCUUGCCUUGUUAUAAAAUGAUUUAAAAUGGAAUGGGUCUUUGCCUCAGACCCAUUCUUUAGUAACAACCAUUGUACAGGUUUAGUAACAACCAUUGUACAGGUUGUUACUAAAAAGUUAUCAUCUAGAAGAAAAUAACUUAAAUGCUUAGUGGAAGAUGGAGAAAUAAAGUAUUUAAUUUAUUUGUGUUUAUUUGGGGAGAAAUGUUUCUGACCCAUCUUUUGACCAUGUUCAACUUUUAAAAAUAAAUAUAUUUUAAAGCUAAAGGGGUUUAAAUGCUAAUCAAAGGAAGGAGGAUAUUUAUAUACUCAAAUUCCAUGCUAACCAAUCAAGUAGUGAAAGGGUUAUUCUUCAUCUAUAUGUACUUCAGAUUAGAAAAUGAUUAUAAAAUGUGAAGAUAGAUGAGAACAUUUCAAGUAUAGAAAUCUGAAUUUCUCAUGAUGAAUAUUGGGUUAAAAUUGAAUGUGAUAUCCAUUGACUGAAGUUAAGCUGUGUUUUUCAAGAAUGAUUCCAGCAAUGUAUUUGAACCACAGCAUUGAAAAUGAGUAGCAAAAUGUUCUGACACCCAUUUUGAAAGCUGGAUUUCAUUGUGAGGGAUUAUGGAGACACCUAAGGUCUGUAUGUUUAUGUUAUUACGGUGAGGGGAGUCCAGACUCUUUCUGCUCAUAAUAUUGUUCCACUGUGAACUUGCAGAAGCAAGAUGCAUAGGAAUGGAUUAACAAUUAAUACCAUUAAUACUUGAGGUGGACAGUUACAGAAAAAGAAAAUAAUUAAUGAUAACAUAAUGCUGACAACACUUAUUUAAAUCAAUGUUCCACAUAAGUUCUCCUUCCUAAAAGUAUUUAAAAGCUACUCUUAAUUUCAAGUAAAAUGUUUUCCCAUGCAUUUUAAUUUUUCUUGAUUUUCCAGAGUAGACUGUAAACUUGGCAUGGGCAGGGAACGUUUCUAUUAAUUCUGUCAUAUUGUACUCUCCCAAGUGCUUAGUACAGUGCUCUGCACAUAGUAAACGGUCAGUAAAGGUGACUGAUUGGUAGAGUAUAAGCAGCACAAGUGUGAUAAAUGUGUCUUAAAAAGUAUAGACGGUAGUUCGAAAUAAUCAGAAAAUUAUCUUGUAAUAAAAUGGAACCUGCGUCAGAAAUAAAAUUAGAAUUCCUUGGGUGACUUUUAUGAAAUGUAAUACCUUGUAAUUCUAGUAUUUAUGGAAUAUCUGCCAAGAAGAGAGAGUUAUAAAAUAGGGCAAAUAGCCAGGUGGUAAAAUUUGAUUUGUGUUAUUCUUGAGUACUCAGUACAACUCCUCAUUUAGUCCAAUCUGUAGUCAAGAUCAGCAUUCAAGUACAGAUCACUUCUUAGGCAAAACUAUCUCAUGAUUAUAGGAAUUCCCUGAUAACUCCAAGAUGCAUAAAUGAGAACGGGGUGAAAUGGAAAUGUAAUUCAGUUAGAAAUACAACCAUAAAGAAACAGUAUACGACAUUGUGAACUAUUUAACUUCUACAUUGCAGGAUACUAUUAUAAUGGGAACUCCCAGAUGUUACCUAAAACACACUGCAAUCCAUUGGUCUGAUUUUCAGUUUAAAUUUUGAACUUCAAAUAUGAAAGCAUUAGUCAAACAUUCUUAAGAGUUGAAAAUUUUAAACCGCUAGAAUAAACUAAUACCACUCCUAAAUGCAAGGGUCUUAUUUCACAAGUUAAGCGCUUAGUAUAGUACUCUGCACACAGUAAGCACUCAGUAAAUACCGUUGAUGAUGAUGAUGAUGAGAUGAAGUUGUGACUUUCAAGGUCAGUCUAAAUGAAGCCAUUUGCUUUUGAGCUAUGUCCAAACGAUAUGACAUUAGAAUUCCAUAAGUCCUGAAGCACUGAACUGGAGAGUAGGAAUUUCUAAAUUUAGUGCUUCAAUUUCUCAUCUGUGACAAAGGAAUAAUGAAUAAUGCCUUGCCUACCUCACAGGAUUGUUAUGAGGAUGGAUAGCUGAUGGAAGUAUUAGCCAAGAAGAGCAGCUUACAAGGAAGGUGCUAUAUUAAUUACUGGUAAUGAUAUUCUUUCUUAGCAUAACUUUUUAUGUAGUUUGGCCUACCUCUGAAUUUGAUUUCUUAUUCAAAUUUGGAUCAAGAUGUGAGCAUCUCUAGUUUUGUGGGUCCACAUACUUUGUCAUCUUUCUGUUUUUAUGGUAUCUGUACAAAGAUGUCAUCUGCAAAUAUAAAUAAAGUUACUGACUGUUACCUGGAUCCUCUAGACUAUAAGCUCUUCGUGGGCAGGGAGCCUGUCUACCAACUCUGUUAUAUUGUACUCUCCCAAGCCCUUAAUAAAAUGUACUGCACACAGUAAGCAUUCACUAAAUAAGAUUGAUUGAUUUUGUCUUUGAUAAUACUAAUUAGGGAAGGAACCCACUCACCUAUCUAGCUUUUAAUCUAUGUACUAAGAGAGGAGUAUUGUAAAGGUUGUUGAACUGUGUAUUACAUAUUUUCUCUUUAAAGCCACACUAUCAGACCUCCUUUAUGGUAUCCUUGUUAUUGGUAGCUAUCUACAAAGUGAAUAUAAAAAAAUACAAAAUGAUACGAGUUAAACACUCUAGCAUAAUUUGGUAAUAAAAAUCAAGUUGUAAAGAGUUCUCUAACAUGAAAAGCAAACAUUUUAUUUUCAACUGAUACUUUAAUUUCUUCUAGACCAAAGUGUUCCACUCCUAACUACAAAUUCAGCUUCCUAAUAAAAGUAUUGUCAUAUUCAAA